GUCGGGCUGAGGGAAGAUGGAGGUCCAGUGAUCAGAGAUCUGGAUCUGCUGAGCGCUGGUCGAGCAGGAGCUCUUUACCCUUUUUAUUUCUGAUUCCGUUUAGUUUUUGUGUUGCAGCUCCGACAUGGAGAUGAAGAAGAGGAUCAGCCUGGAGCUGAGGAACCGGAGCCCCGCAGAGGUGGUGGAGCUGGUGGUGGAUAACUGCCAGUCGUCUGACGGAGAGGUGGAGGGUCUGACGGAGGAGUACACGGCGCUGCAGGUCCUCAGCAUGGUCAACGUGGGCAUCAGCUCGCUGGCCAAGCUGCCGCCGCUGCCCCCGCCUCUGGAGGUCAGUGAUAACACCAUCUCCGGCGGUCUGGACUCUCUGGCGGUGAAGUGUCCCAACCUCAGCUACCUGAACCUGAGCGGCAACAAGAUCAAAGAGCUGAGCAGCAUCGAGACGCUGCAGAGUCUGAAGGCUCUGAGGAGUCUGGACCUGUACAGCUGUGAGUUGUCGACCCUGGAGGACUACAGGGAGAACGUGUUCCAGCUGCUGCCUCAGGUGGUCUACCUGGACGGGUACGACCAGGAGGACAACGAGGUGCCCGACUCGGAGGCCGACAACGACGAGGACGAGGCCGGACCUCCAGGAGACGACGAUGACGAUGAGGACGAAGACGACGAGGACGCUGAGAGUUCAGAGGGAGACGAGGACGAGGUCGGCCUGUCCUACCUGAUGAAGGACGGCCUGCAGGACGAGGAGGACGACGGAGACUAUGUGGAGGAAGACGAGGAGGACGAGGAUGAAGAGGAAGACGGAGACGUGGACGGCGCUCAGGGCGAGAAGAGGAAGAGAGAACCAGACGACGAGGGCGACGACGACGAUGACGAGUAGUCGCCUUCGUCACGCCGCCUGGCCCCGCCCCCUGGCCUGGCCCCGCCCCCUGCCCCUCCGGUGACCUCUGACCCCGCCGGGCGCCGCAGACUGUCCCGUGACUGAUGAUGUCAUCACGAGAUCAGCUGAUGGGCUCUGAGGACUUUAUUUCUGGUCUUGUGAUGCAUUCAGGUGCAGCGUGUAAAACACAAACACCUGUCCGUCAGGUGACUCGGCUGUGAUUGGCUGCAGCCGGGGUCAAAGGUCAACUGAGCCGCAGUUUUAUUUUUUCAUUUCAGAUUUUACACAAAAAAACCCGACUCAGAAAGAAUAUUUAAUAUUAAAUUAGAUGAAUGAGAUCAAUACUGACAGUAAUCUGAUUACUCUUUGAUCUGAUCAGCUGAUCAGGUUUGACUUCCUGUUUACGUUUGUUGAGAUAAACAAACAUCAGAUGAUCCGGUCUCUGCUGAACCACUUCAGGAUCUGGUCUCAAACCAGAAUCCUCCUUUUCUCUGAAGACUACGUUACCCAUCAGCCCCUGCUGGCUCCGCCCCCUUCACCUGUCCGUCUGCCGCUCUCCCGCUCCUCCUGGUCUCUGGGGUCCAGGUCUCUAGUGGUCCAGGACUCUGGUCUCUGGGGGUCCAGGUCUCUAGUGGUCCAGGACUCUGGUCUCUGGGGUCCAGGUCUCUAGUGGUCCAGGUCUCUGGGGUCCAGGUCUCUAGUGGUCCAGGACUCUGGUCUCUGGGGGUCCAGGUCUCUAGUGGUCCAGGACUCUGGUCUCUGGGGGUCCAGGUCUCUAGUGGUCCAGGACUCUGGUCUCUGGGGGUCCAGGUCUCUAGUGGUCCAGGACUCUGGUCUCUGGGGUCCAGGUCUCUAGUGGUCCUGGUCUCUGGGGUCCAGGUCUCUAGUGGUCCUGGUCUCUGGGGGUCCAGGUCUCUAGUGGUCCAGGACUCUGGUCUCUGGGGGUCCAGGUCUCUAGUGGUCCAGGACUCUGGUCUCUGGGGGUCCAGGUCUCUAGUGGUCCAGGACUCUGGUCUCUGGGGUCCAGGUCUCUAGUGGUCCUGGUCUCUGGGGGUCCAGGUCUCUAGUGGUCCAGGACUCUGGUCUCUGGGGUCCAGGUCUCUAGUGGUCCUGGUCUCUGAGGGUCCAGGUCUCUGGGGGUCCAGGUCUCUGGUCUCUGGGGUCCAGGUCUCUGGGGGUCCAGGUCUCUGGUCUCUGGGGUCCAGGUCUCUGGGGUCCAGGUCUCUGAGGGUCCAGGUCUCUGAGGGUCCAGGUCUCUGGUCUCUGGUGUGUAAAUAAAGUGUUUGUGGUUCUUGUGGUUCUGAGUUCUUUUUAUUUUUUUAUUUGUCGUGUCGCUGUAACUGUCGACUGAUUUUCAAUAAAAACUCUUUUCUGUU